GGCGGCGCGGAGGGGCAGCCCCAGCGGGCGGCGGCGGCGGCGGCGGGCCCGGGCGGCGACCCGAGCGAGCCCCAUGCCCCGCGCGGGCUGACGGGCCGGAGCCCGCACGGAGCGGCCGGGCUGGACAGGUCCCGCUAGAGCGACAUGAUGGUGGAAUCCGCCUCGGAGACAAUCAGGUCAGCUCCGUCUGGUCAGAACGGCGUGGGCAGCCUCUCCGGGCAGGCUGAUGGCGGCGGCGGCAGUAGCGGCGGCGGGGCUGCAGGCCCUGCCGCAGGCGGUGCGGGCCGGGACUCGGCCGUGGGCGCGGACAGCAACGGAGAGAUGAGCCCCGCGGAGCUCCUGCACUUCCAGCAGCAACAGGCUCUCCAGGUGGCCCGGCAGUUCCUGCUGCAGCAGGCCUCGGGCCUCAGCUCCCCAGGGAACAACGACAGCAAGCAGUCGGCCUCUGCUGUGCAGGUGCCCGUGUCGGUGGCCAUGAUGUCGCCCCAGAUGCUCACCCCCCAGCAGAUGCAGCAGAUCCUGUCGCCCCCCCAGCUGCAGGCCUUGCUCCAGCAGCAGCAAGCGCUCAUGAUCCAGCAGCUGCAGGAAUAUUACAAGAAGCAGCAAGAGCAGCUCCACCUACAACUCCUCACCCAACAGCAGGCCGGGAAGCAGCAACCCAAAGAGGCCCUGGGGAACAAGCAGCUGGCCUUCCAGCAGCAGCUCCUGCAGAUGCAACAGUUGCAGCAGCAGCACCUGCUCAACCUGCAGAGACAGGGGCUGGUCAGCCUGCAGCCCAGCCAAGCCUCGGGGCCCCUGCAGACCCUCCCACAAGCAGCUGUGUGCCCCACGGACCUGCCCCAGCUGUGGAAGGGCGAGGGUGCCCCCGGGCAGCCCGCCGAGGACAGCGUCAAGCAGGAGGGGCUGGACCUCACCGGCACGGCCACCACCGCUACCUCGUUCGCCGCCCCCCCCAAAGUCUCACCCCCCCUCUCCCACCACACCCUGCCCAACGGACAGCCCACUGUGCUCACACCUCGGAGAGACAGCUCCUCCCACGAGGAGACGCCUGGCUCCCACCCCCUGUACGGACAUGGAGAGUGCAAGUGGCCAGGCUGUGAGACCCUGUGUGAAGACCUGGGCCAGUUUAUCAAACACCUCAACACGGAGCACGCCCUGGACGACCGGAGCACGGCCCAGUGCCGUGUGCAGAUGCAGGUGGUGCAGCAGCUGGAGAUCCAGCUCGCCAAGGAGAGCGAGCGGCUGCAGGCCAUGAUGACCCAUCUGCACAUGCGGCCCUCGGAACCCAAGCCCUUCAGCCAGCCACUGAACCCAGUCCCCGGCUCCUCCUCAUUCUCCAAGGUGACAGUCUCCGCAGCCGACUCGUUCCCAGACGGCCUCGCGCACCCCCCCACCUCGGCCGCCGCCCCCGUCACCCCGCUGAGGCCCCCCGGCCUGGGCUCAGCCUCGCUGCACAGCGGGGGCCCUGCCCGGCGGAGGAGCAGCGACAAGUUCUGCUCCCCCAUCUCCUCAGAGCUGGCCCAGAACCAUGAGUUCUACAAGAACGCCGACGUCCGGCCGCCCUUCACCUACGCCUCCCUGAUCCGCCAGGCCAUCCUGGAAACCCCAGACAGGCAGCUGACCCUGAAUGAGAUCUAUAACUGGUUCACCAGGAUGUUCGCCUAUUUCCGGAGGAACACAGCCACCUGGAAGAAUGCGGUGCGACACAACCUCAGCCUGCACAAGUGCUUCGUGCGUGUGGAGAACGUCAAGGGCGCCGUGUGGACUGUGGACGAGCGGGAGUACCAGAAACGAAGACCGCCAAAGAUGACGGGGAGCCCCACCUUGGUGAAGAACAUGAUUUCGGGCCUCAGUUACGGAGCACUUAACGCCAGCUACCAGGCAGCCCUGGCCGAGAGCAGCUUCCCCCUCCUCAACAGCCCCGGCAUGCUGAACCCUGGCUCCGCUAGCAGCCUCCUGCCCCUCGGCCACGACGACGCGGGUGCCCCCGUGGAGCCGCUGCCCAGCAAUGGCAGCAGCAGCCCGCCUCGCCUCUCCCCACCCCAGUACAGCCACCAGGUACAGGUCAAAGAGGAGCCGGCUGAGGCCGAGGAAGACAGGCGGCCCGGACCCCCCCUGGGGCCCCCCAACCCCAGCACCGUGGGGCCUCCAGAAGACAGGGACCUGGAGGAGGAGCUGCCGGGAGAAGAACUGUCCUAAGGGCCUCCAGGGGCAGGCGGGGCAGGGGUGAGACCCCUCCCUCCGGGAACCCAGGCCCCACUUACCCCCACUCCACGCCCCGCCCAACCUCAAGGCACUUCCAGGACUCAGAUGGGGGGGGCUGGGCCAGCAACUCCCAAGGUGACCUGACUGACCUACGACACUCGGGGGCAGGGACGGUCCUCCCCCCACCCCGAGGGGACACAGAAUCCCUGGUCUGGGACCAGCAGAGGACACGGAGGGCCCAGACCCCUCCUCAGAGCCCCCCCCGCCAACAUCUGAAUUCCACGCCCCCCGCCCCCAACCACCAGCAGCAGCAGGGCCCUCCUCCCCCACCAGCUGGCCCCUACAGGGCCCCUCAGCGCCUUGGAGACCCGCAGGCGGGGCUAAGCCACCCUCUCAAACCCAGGGCACCGCACCCCUGGCUCUGGCCGCAUGGUCUGGCCAGAGGCCCCCACUUCCUCCAUCUGUGCUCCCUUCCACCAUCUUGUCCGUACUGUGAAGAAAUAACUCCAGCCCGACUCCUUCCCCUGCUCUGGCCUGGGUCAGAGCAGCUAAAUCUCAGAGCAGCCCCAGGAGAAACCAGCGCCCUCAGCUCUGCCUGUUCAGAAGCCACAGCUAGUGGUGGGAGAACCUGGAUUGGGGGCAGGCCCGUGGAAGCAGGGCGGCCGGCUCCAGGCUGAACCAGGCCUGCAUCCCUGUUUGCUGGCCGCUGCCCCCCAUGCCAGGAAGCACAGGAAGAGGCCUGUGCCCGGUGGACUCGUGGAGGUGGAGCCGAGCCACCCUUGAAGCUGGAGUUGGGCCGGGUGGUGCCAGGGCUGCAGGAAAGCAUCUGCCUCUGUCCCGGGGAAAGGCCCGGCUGAAACCGGGCGGGCAGGGGCGGGCGGGAUGAAUACGGUGGCUGCUGUGACCCAACCGGUCACUCCCACCCCAGCCUUCAGGUCCCCCAUUGCAGUCUUCCCUCACCCGCCCCCCCACCCCGCACCCCGCACCCCUCAGUUACACGGAUGACCAAAGACCUUUCUUAUGCCGGAAGCAAAAACCAAAACUUUUCGUUGGCUUUUUCCUUUGUCGCCUCCCACAUCCCCUGCUCCUCUUGCCCACCCCAGCCCCAGGCUGGAAGCCCUCCCCAACUUAAGUUAUUGUUUUAAACCAAAGUUUACAGUGUCUGUUGGUGGCCAAGACCCCCUCUCUCCACCCCCACCCCGAGGACCCUGGGACUCAGUAGAAGCUGGGGGCCCUGCGCACCUCCCCUCUGCUCCGGCCUGGCCUGGGGGAAGGAGCAUGGGCAGAGGGGAGGAGACUGCCGCCCUCAGCUCCCCCCGCCCCCCGGGUUCUCGUCCCCCUGGGCCGUGGGCACGGGGAGCCCUCCUCCCAACCGUGGGCUGCUUCCUGGGGGCUCUCCAGACCCCCUUCUCCAGGACCAAGUUCCCCAUCACACUGGGAGUGUGGAUUCCAGCGAAGGAGCUGGAAAAAAAAAGUGAGACUCUCUCCACAGACCCCCUAUGGGGGACCCCAACUUAAGGCCAAGGACUGGGUGUGUUUGAUACUUAACACCCCAGGCCAGGCCCCUUUGCUGAGAAGACUCCUUGGACUAUUUCCCAAGAAACCCCCACAUACACCCCUUCACAAGCCACCCCUCCCAAGAGGCAGGGGGCCCCCCGCCCCCUCCCCUAUGUACUCCCCACCUGUGUUCUGUUUGACCAGCACAGAAAUAUUAAACGUCCUCUCUUCA